AUGCUGACUGCGCUCGCCCCGCCAGCCCUUCCAGGGUUCUCAAGGCAGCUGCCUGCCCCUGCCCGGCGUCAGGAUUCGUCCGGUUCGUCCGGCUCCUACCACACAGCUCCGGGUUCUCCGGAGCCCCCGGACGUUGGGCCGGACACAGAAGGCCGGGGGACUUGGCUCUGGGUGGCCCCUGGGCGGGGGGCGGGCGCGCAGCCUGUCCUGUCCGUCAGCGCCCAGAAUAGCCGCCAGCAGCACAGCUCCGGCUCGGGUUUCCCGCGAGGCCCGGGCUCCGGCCCGCAGCCGCCCCGGCCCCAGCUGCGCAUGCUGCCGUCGGGGGAGAUGGAAGUCAUCUUCGGCGCCGGGGCUCUGUUCAGUCGCUCCGACGCAGAGGAUCGGGAGGAACAACAGUUCAUGGCGCCUGCCUUCAGCAGUCCGUUGCUGCCCGGGUCACCGUCUCCUGUGUCAGUGUCGCCGCAGGCGCAGACCCCCGACGGGGGCUCUCGCUGGUCCACCUACCUGGAGCUGCCGCCCCGCGGGCCGAGUCCGGCCGUCUCAGGCCAGUACGAGUGUGUGGAGGUGGCACUGGAGGAGCGCGCGCCGGUUAGACCCCGCACGGUGCCGAAGCGUCAGAUCGAGCUGCGUCCGCGGCCUCGGAGUCCCUCGCAGGACAGUCGCGCGCCGCGUCCCCGACUGCUCCUGCGCACCGGCUCCCUGGACGAGUCUCUGAGCCGCUUGCAGGCCGCCGCGGGCAUCGUGCAGACGGCGCUGGCCAGAAAACUGGGCUCUGAGGUCCCGGCCCCCAGCAAUGUCACUUUUAGAUCCACGGGGAAAGCAGAACCCACAACGAAUCCUCGGGAAACGGCACGCAGCACCCGUGUGGUCCCGGAAGAGGUCAAGUCUCGGCCACCCCGCGCACACGAUAGUUCUGUCCACACCAGAGCCCCGCGGCCUUGGCCCAGCCUCCGAGAGCGAGCAAUUCGGCGGGACAAGCCGGCGCCUGGGACCGAGCCGCUGGGUCCCGUUAGUUCCAGCAUUUUUCUGCAGUCAGAGGAGAAAAUUCAACAGGCUCACGAACAGGAAUCCAAGACUCAGUUCCCUCGUGAGACUCCCGAUGGAAUCGUACCGAGAACACGAAGUCCUCCCUUCCAUUCUAGAAGUUCCCGAGUGGCUCCCAGUAGAGUUGUGAGACCAAGGAGCCCAUCUCCUCCGCAGCAAGCUCCAAACGGGGCCGUGAGGGGUCCUCGGUGCCCGUCCCCCCAGAACCUCUCACGACCUCAUAGAACUGUCUGGAGAAUGAGUAGCCCGUCCUUCCCUGAAGCAUCUUCGGAGUGGGAAAAUCGGAAAGCGGCCGUAGAGGAAGUCAUCAGAAGGAGCCCUUCCCCUCCACCUCUUUCCCAAUGGACUCAGGGUGUCGCUAGAGUUGGGAACCCAGGUCCCGAAACUCCUUCUCUGUGGAAAGUUCCACAUUCGAUAGGUGGAGAUGCAAUAGGGCUGAGUAGGGACCGGUCCUUGCCAGCCCUGCUCCCACAGGAGUCACCUGAUCAUCCUAUUGAAACUAGUAACCCAUCUCCCCGAGAGACAUGGGGUCCUAUUGUGCAGGGCUCAUCGACGGCGUUGCGUCAGGAAGCUAUGAAUGGCCUAACUCAGGAGUUGGAGCCGCCUACACCAUCAGCCCCCGGGACUCCAGAACUCACAGAGGCGCAGUGUCUGCUUACCUUGGAAAAUGCGGAUAUUGCCUUCAAAGGCAGCCAGCCGUCUCCAGUUGUCGAUACACCGGAACCUCCCGGAAGUCAUCUCACAAGCACCCUAGACGACGAUGUGUGCCCAGAAACCUUGGCCUCGGGAGAAGCAGCUUCUGGACGUCCGCGCGUGACCAUUCCGCGGCCGCGAGACGUGCGCAAGAUGGUUAAGACCUCUUACGCGCCAAGCUUUCCUGCGGGAACCCCAAGUUCCGGGCUUCCCGCGCCUUCUGCUGACACCCGCGGGGAGGGCGAUGCAUCAAAAGCGCAGGAGCUCCCGGCGCUGGAGUCACCGGCCCCGGCUCAUUACACUUCCAUUUUUCUCAAGGACUUUCUGCCGGUAGUACCGCAUCCCUACGAAUCUCCAGAGCCUUCACUCCAUGCGACUCCUAAGGAUGUCUCCCACUCCAACCAGGUCCCGAGGCGGAGGGCAGAAAACAACACCGCGAAGCCUUUCGCUCGCAGUGAGAUCCGCUUGCCUGGCGCUCUAGUCUUGAGCCGCCGGCGGGAGAAAACCCCAGAUGUUCAAGGAUGCGGUCCUGGGAUAGAAAGCCUGGAUGCUGAGGCCCAGCGCCUGGUCCCAGACCACGAGGGUCGAACCAGUCCCUUAAGAGGCGCUCACACCUCAACCGAGUGGUCCCCUUUAGGAUCAGCAGGGACCCAACCUCCUCGCCCCGGCUCUCCGCAGGCAUGUUCCAACUCGAGUCUCGGGACAGCACCCGAAUUGAAGACAACACUUGUGGCUCCUUCAACGGCGGUCCAGGCGCCCCUCCCGCCGGAACCUCAGGCGACAGCGACCAGGACCGCUGCACCCCUCCCGCGAGCUGCCUCUGCACCUCCCACGGAUCGACUCCCUCCUGCAUCCACCCAGGGGGCGCGGAGGCUUCCAGGAGCCGCGCCACCAGGAAAGGUCCUCGUAGACCCGGAGAGCGGUCGCUAUUACUUUGUGGAGGCUCCGCGGCAGCCGAGGCUACGGCUACUCUUCGACCCCGAGAGCGGGCAGUACGUGGAAGUGCUGCUGCCGCCCUCGCCCUCUCUUUCCCGGCCGCCACGACAAGCCUAUGCCCCCCUGGCCAUAGGGCCAGGCCUAUACCCGCCUGCCUAUGGCCCUGUCCCUGGUUCGUCACUGUCGCCGCCGUCCCCCAAUCUUCAGGCCCUUGGCAGUCUCCAGCUACCCUGGACCCCUGAAGCCGGGCCCCUGGAGGGGAUGUACUACAUGCCCUUGAGCGGGACCCCCAGUCCGGCUCCACCUAUGCUCUUCUGUGCCCCGCCCUCCAGUUCCGGUCCCAUCCAGUCCAGCAAGGGUACCGUGUUUCCUUUGUGAAGCCUCAGGUCCCGGUCCCUUUGGAGUUGUGUUCCCUAGAAGGCUUUGGGAGUUCUGGUUCCUAGUCACUUAAUUUUUCCUCCCACCAACUCUUUGGCUAGUUCCAGCCAGUCCCCAGACCAGAAGUGACCAUAAAAGAAUGUAUCUGCUACCUGGGCUGACGGCGCUGGAUCAUCAUUAGCAAAUGCCUGGCUGCCUAUGUCCUGUCCCCCCUCCCCGCCCCGCCCUUCCCUCCUCCCCUGCAACAAAAAUCUGCAUCCCUUUCCCAAACCUUCCCAGGGUGUGGUGUAUAUGUGUAUGCAGGCGAGCAAGUAUAUCAAAGUGAGACCACUAAGAGAUGUUGGGGUUUCCCAGAAUAGCAGGUGUGGAAGUAGCAGGGCCAGGGCUGCCUGUGGUGAUGAUGAACUGUUGUUCUCUACCUAACACUGGGCCCCAGUCGAGUGGACAGGUCAGCGGGUGCUGCAGAGAUGGAGGGGAUGGAUGAUAGCCAUCAAAUCUGGAUUUGAGCCUUGUCCUGGAAGGAUGCAAUGUGGUCCUGGGCCCGCUCGGGGCUGAGAAUGGCAGCUGUGGGAAUAGUAUGUGAGGUGGAACAUGGAUGUUGUAUAAGGAGACGUGGAGGAUCAGCUUGGAACUGGAAGUCCCAGGAUCGCUGUGGUCCCUGUAAAAACAGCCGAAGGGACAAGCAACUCAUUGGCAGAAAGGCCUGCAGAAGGCGCUAGGAAACGAGGAAGGGGAGUGAAGUUGUUCUUUGGGCUUUCUGAUGGUUGCUAGGGGUGACUAGGUAGAAGUGGUGAAUUAAACAAUGUCAAGUGGUCAGUAAAUACUUCUCUUGGCCAGCUAUUCCUGAAGAUUGACAGGACAGGGAGGACAAGAAUCUAGAAAAAUAAAUUAGUUUUGGGAGUUGUGGUUGUUUAACCAAAAAUGGAAAGGCAACUGAGGGAUGACCACUAACAGUUCACAGCAUGGAGCCUAACUCCUAACUCAUCAGGCCCCAGUGUCUAUCUUCUGUGAGCCGUGCGCACCCAGGCAGAAAGCAAGUGACUUGAAUCUCCAAGAUGACAAGAGGGGGAAGGCUGGGGUUUAGCAUAGGGGCAUGCUCUUGGUGCCUAGAAGGGAGGGCAGAGCUAGCAAGAGAAACCCAGGUGUGGUGGUGCAUGCCUUUAGCCCAGAACCUGGGAGGCAGAGGCAGGCAGAUAAAUCUCUGUGAGCUCCAGGCCAGCCUAGUCUACAAAGUGAGUUCCAGAACAGUCAGGGCUACACACAGAGAAACCCUGUUUCAAAAGACCAUUAAAGAAAGAAAGAAAGAGAGAAAGAAAGAAAGAAAGAAAGAAAGAAAGAAAGAAAGAAAGAAAGAAAAAACUGGCAAGAGGAAGGAUGUCCAUGCAGAGGCAACAGUGCCCAACAGUGCCCACACAGGGACUGGCCCUUCAGACUGCUCACAGCCCAGGGAAGCCCCAGACUUGUGUUCCACCUGCCCUGAGACUGGGGUAAACUGAGUGAUGGAGUAUGUCUCUGUGAGGUGGGAGGCGAUCUCUGUAGACCUUGCUGGAGGGGUGUUUGGAGAGGGACAGUUCCCGCUAGAAGCAGGAUUAGGGCUGGCAAUUGAUGGCUUUCUGGUUCCAGGCCUAUGCAAUUGAGAUCCCUCAGAUCCCCUACCAGCCUUGCCCUAGACUGGAAACCGGCUAAAACACUAAAUCAGAGCAGCCUGAACAUCUCUCCCCAAGAUUCUGACCCCCAUGGCAUAGAGGGACCAGGCCAUCCCCAGAGUGCAUCGUCUUGUCCUGGUGUGCAAUAAAUGGCUGGCCAUGGAAAGCCAUGGUGACUGUGAUAACAAUUAGUGUAUGAGCCUUAUUUCCUGCUGUCAUCCUUAAAACAAAAUAAAACAAACAAACAAACAA